CAGUGCCAUAUUAAAAAAAUGUUAUACUUAGUUUUACUUUAGUAAGGAUGAUUGUUCAUCAUCUGGAUUAAAUUGUCUGUGAUACACAUUUUUCUUGUUACAGACUAUGAAAAAUUACUAGAAAGCAAUGUUAUACUUAAUGUGAAAAAAAUGCUAAAAGAAAUAUUGUUAAUAACACCUUGAGAAUUGUUUUGAAGAAUAGGCUGCUUUAGUGCCGUUAUAUUUAUCAGAAGCACUUGUAUAUACUAUGUAGUGAAUGGGAGAACCCCAGUCUGUUUCAUGAGUUACAACUAGUGAUGUCUUUGUUACAGAGGUAGAUUAAAGGGCUAUCAUGCACUCAGGAUUACUCAAAAUCUUCUCUUAUCUAGCUAAUUGCCGUUAUCUUGUAUGUAACCUAUGAUUUGUUUAUCAUGUGUGAACUUAGAAUAACCUAAUUUGAAUUUAAUUUGUUGUUUUCGUGGGAACACAAAUUUUGGAAAUUAGUGAACACAAUCAGUUUUAAUUUCCAUAAGGGUAAUUUUAUCUGUAGUUUCAUUGUAUUUUGUCCCUGUAAACCUUAAAAGAAACAUUAAAAACCAUGUGUGAUGAUCUGUACUAAAUUCGGUUUUUCCAGCUUUAAUAAUUCUUUACAUAUAUUAUUUGCGAUAUCGUAAAUUGAUGUGUAAUACCGAUUGGAUAAUCACCUUUUUUAGCACAGAAUAUAUUUUUGAAAGUCAAAAUUAAAUAUAGUGAAAAUGUUUCCAAAAUUAAGCAGAGAACUUGUUUGUAUAUUGAGUUUAAGUGUAUGUUUUAUGUUGCUAUUUGCUGCUGAUUAUUCAAUGGUGAACAUGCAGAAAAUUGUAGUGUCAAGUAUAGCCGAUGACAAUCCAGGGUUUGAAGUGGAGGGAUACACAGUGACUGGAAUCACAUACACCAUGUUUGCCAUUACUCUAUGGUUUGGUCCAUACAUCAACUAUGCUGUGGGUACCAGACUUACCAUGGCCAUCUCUGCACUGGGAUACUUGUUUUACGUGGGAUCCUAUGCGAUGGAAACAGAGUGGGCUAUCUAUGCAGGAGGUGUAUCUGUUGGUAUUGCUGCAGGAACACUGUGGCCAGCUCAAGGCCAUUACAUGAUAGAAAAUUCCUCUCCAGAAACAACACCUCGAAAUGUUGGCAUCUUUUGGUUCAUAUUUAUGAGUUCGAACAUGCUGGGUAAUAUUUUUGUGUAUUUCGCGUUUCAUGGGAAGAAAUACAUUGGGCAGACCACUAGAAGAACAGCUAUUUACUCUUUAAUAGUCAUCAACACACUUGCUGUUAUUUCGUUCAUGUUCCUGCCCAAGUCAGCCAGUACACAGAAAGUAAGAGAUUAUGGUCCUAUAAAAACAAUGAGACAGAGUUGGAGGAUAUUGGUUUCACCCAAGAUGUUGUGGCUUGUAUUAACUUUCUGUUACACAGGGUUGCAGCAGGCUUUCUGGAAUGGAAUAUAUAGCCCCAGUGUUGGGUUUACUCUAGCAUUUGGUGAUUCUGCGAAGGAGUUGGUGGCUCUGAGUGGAAUAUUUAUGACUUUUGGAGCUGUCUUUGGAGCGUUGUGUUUGAUCGUGCUCUCUGGAUGGAUCAGGGGUCAUCGCUACGCUCGCAGGAUGUUUGUACUUGCAGGCUGCACUGCUCAGAUGCUCGCUUACCUCAUUUCAUACAUAAAUUUACCUAAUAGUGCUGUUUUCGGAAAUACACAUGAACAAAGUCUCAUUACACCCAGUGCGAAGUUGGCAAUGACUGCCAGCCUUCUGCUCUGCUUUGGAGAUUCUUGCUUAUCAACCCAGAUAUAUUCACUCAUUGGAGAUUUCUACAGAGAGUCAAGUGCUGAGGCGUGUGCACUGUACAAGUUUGUCAAGGGAGUGUUGGUUGCAGUAAGCUUCUACUGGUGUAGUCAUCUUGGGCUCCACACACAGCUGGUGAUCAUAGCAGUAAUGGCUGUAGUUGGAGGUGCUGCCUUCUUUGUAGCAGACCGACCUUCAGAUGUCUCUCAUCCAGUUAGAAAAGAUAACAUUGUCUCAACAUCAUCUAAUGGCUAUGAAAACUCCAAAGUAUAGCAAUACAGUGCCAAUUAAGUUUUACUCAAUAAGAAGUCAGAAUUAUAUUUAAAAAAAUAACUAAACAUUUUGGUUUCUAAAUAAUUUUUUAAGCGUUGAAAAUUUAUUCAUAGAUUAAAGUUGAUGUUAAGAUAAAACACUACAAUAGUCAAAGUUACUAUGUAUAGUACAAGGAGUAUUUGAUUUGAUCAAAUGUGAGAUUGACCAUUAAUAAUAGAUUACUAAUGCUGAAUUAAUAGAUACUGAUGUUUGGACUUUAUCCUCUUAAUUUUGUAAUGAUAAUUUAAUUUUCCAUAGAGAAUUUCUUCACCAAGAAGUAGUCACUUGCAAAAAUGUUGGAUGUUUUAAAAUGUGUAAUGGUACAAAUGUUAAAUAAUUUUUGUUUUUUCAUGAUAGAGAAUCUUGUACUUAGGAGAAUGAAUAUUUAGAUACAAAAGUCUAAGUAGUAGAAUAAUAAUUAAAUUAAAGAUUAAAGACUUUGUUUUCCCAUUUAUUUUCAAAGACAUUUGUUUUCUGUGUUUUGAAUUGUUUUCUCACUAUCUAAUUUAAGCACUUCUGAAGAUCAGCAACACACAAACCCAUAAUAGAGCUUUUCUCACAUUAAAAUUACUAAUUACUACAAUUGAUUUUGUUGAGUACAAUGAUUUAAAUUUAUUUCUUUUAAGUGUAAAAAUUUUAAGUAUAAAAAUACUGAAUGUAUUUUUAACAAUCAGUAUUAUUUAUCUUCACAGUUUUGGAAUAUCUUGACCAAACAGAAUUUCGUAAAACUAUGUGCAUACACUAUUAUAUUUUUUAUUUACCUACCAAUUGAAAAUCAACUGUUUCCUUCUUUGUACGGUACACCAUAAAUUAAAUUAAAAAUAUAUCUUUUUUUAAUAAUUUGUUUUUUGAAAUUUAUAUAACCUCUUUAGAUGUUCUUGCCACAUUAUAUUAUGUACAUGUACCACUUUAAACUCAAACUGGCUGUCAUGUUUUUCUCAGAUGGCAGGCCAUUUUUUGGUGUUUUGUACCCGUAUUUAAACACUUUGUAAAAAAAUACAUCUUUACUAUAAAACUAUAUGUGUAAUACGUUACUUUUUUCAGGAAUAUGUGGAGAUAAUUAUGGCAUAACAACAUUAUGCAUAAACCAUAAAAAAUGUCUACACUAAUUUUUUGUUUUGUUUUUAUUUUAAAGUGGUGGGACUGCCCUUGGUAAAGUGUGAUUAUAUUAUAAAUAUUAGAAUCUGAGAUAGCCAACUUAUUCCGUGUUUUAUAUAGUUUCAGAAAAUAUAUAAUGGUAUCUGGGUUCGCUUGAAGAAAAAUUAUAUUGUAAAACCACUAACAGUACACAAAAGGCUAAAUUUGUUACCUUUUUAUUUUAAGGGGAGAUGUACGCCUAUAAGCCGCCUAUGUUAAAUUGUAUAACUUUAUGUUCCUUUUCUGAAGGAACUGCUUUACAUAUCUCAAUGAAACUUUUACCACUUAUACAAUACAUUACUAUAAACAACCCCUACCACUUUUAAACUUUUGUAUAAAAAAAUAAAUUUUUUAUGACAUUUCUAAAUUUUUUAAUAUAUGUUUUUACUAUAAAAUAAUUUUUUUUUACCCAUUUACAAACUUAGAGUUUCAAAUUUGCUAGGGGUUGUGUGUAUAUAUACAUACAUCAUACAUAAAAAAUUCCAUAAAGACUGGGCAAAUGGUUCCUGAGAAAAAGGAACAUUUGUAUGAAAAAUGUCAACUUUCGGGAAAUCGCAAAAACAUUAGCCUACUAUAAAACUUACUUACUCUCAGAACAUAUCGGCUUCAUAAUCUGGCUCCUUUUAAUUUUCCUCAUCCAGCAGCUUCUUUCUUAUCAUUCUAGUCCUCUUCCUGGCUUGUUUUGUCUCUUCUUAUCUGCUAUUUCAGAUUUUUUGAUUCGGUUGAUAUCAACAGCGCGGAGAGUUUUUGCACAGUUUUUACCUACUUUGAUACCAAUGCCCUCCAAAACCUGAAGUCUAUCUUUAUUUUCCUCAUUGAAUGUUACCACAGCAUCUAGUGUUCCAAAUUUUAAGAAACAAUUUCCAUACUUUACUAAUCACAAUUCACAAUACUGAGUUGUUUGUAAACAAAACAAAAUACAAAAAUAACCAAAUGAAAACUGUCAAAUAAACAAAGUAAUAACAGGUUAACCAACACAACAAUAUGAUAAACAUUAUCAGUACAGUUGUGUGUAUGUAUAAUAGUGCACUUGCACUAACUGGAUUAUUCAACCUCGCAUGGCAACUAUUACAGUGCUAUUUUAUUCCUGCUGACAGCGAUCAGUCAUUUUAUAAAAAUUUUUAUUGUUACCAAGCAACGUCCAAAUAUGCAUGUAUUAUAUAUCACUGGACUUGGAAAACUCCAUACUUUAAGAAAAAAAUAUAUAAACAUUUUUGAUUUUUUUUACGAUUUAGGCGUACAUCUCCCCUUGUAAUAAUUUUAAUUAUUGUCAAGAUUAUUUUAACAAAUUUACAAAUAAAUCUAAUUCUUUCACUAAAUGAUUCGAAAAUAUACAAAAAUUGAGAGAAUUAUAUUCACUACAGAACAGUAAAUAAAUUAAUAACCAAUUUCUAAAUUUUUUAUCUUUGAAAAGUGGUGGAAAUACCUAAUUUGUUACUACGAAUAUGAUUAUUUUCAAAAAUUAACUAACAAAAAUUUAUAUUUUUAACACUAAAUAUUUCCAAAGUAUACGGUUUAAUCAAUAUUUGCAUUCCUCAUAAACGAAAACAUGGGAAAGAUUUCUCGAUGUAUCGACAAAACUGGAAGUAUUAAUUUGAAUAAUUGUUAGAAGCAUAAGAAACAAAACUAUCUUAUUCAGUAAGCUUGGUGCAUUUCCUCCUCUGUAGACUAAUGGUUAUAGUCUCGGCUCUCUAAACGAGAGAUCACGGGUUCAUAUCCUGGGGAUGUCCAAUCAUGUACUUUGUAAAAUAAAAAACCAGUGCAAUUCGAAGCCGGCUUAGCUGACGAUGAGGCUUCGAAUGAGAUAAAAAAAAAAAAAAAAAGCUUGGUGCAUGUCAGCUGAUUCAGUUAGCUCUUGUCAUAUAUAAAAAAUAGCAGUUUUUUUUAGAUAUAGAAAACUGUGCGUUUUAUAUUGUAACUGAUAUUUUUAGCUUUUAUGUUUCUUUAUGCAUAACCAAUUUUGCUUUUUAUUUACAAGAAAUAUACAUUGCCCAAAUACUUCUGAUGCAGUUAACAUUAUAUGCGAAUUUUAACUGAUGGCACAUGAUUAUUAUAUUUAAAAUCUUUUUGUUUGAAAAGCUCUGAUGCAACAUUUAUUUUAUCUUAUUCAGAAUAAAAUUUGAGAUAAUUUUUAUACCCUAUAACUUGUAUUACUGUAUUAAAAUAAGAUUUCUACCACAUAAAUUACAACAAAUUAUUCACAGCGUUAUUUUAUAAGGUUCAGGAAGAGAAAAGUCCCUGAGCGGUGGGGGAAGAAAUAAAUUUAAUUAAUUACACUCAGCUAACCCUGGCUGACUAAGCUCACAUAAUCUUAAAGAAGAGAAAAGGGCAACUGCAACAUGAGUUUAGCCUCAAAAUAAGUAACUGACAGAUCGAGAUCUACUCCAGCAUGAUUCAAAUUCAAGAAUGCGGGAAAGUGAUAUCAUGUUGAGUUAAUGUGAUGCUAAAAGUGACUAGAAGGUUAUUGAUUGACUUCCAAUAUGGAGGUAUCACCUGAUUCUACACAAUUGUGUGAUUCUAUGAUGCCAGUUAUAAUGCAGCUCAUUGAAUAUUAUGUACAAAAAUG